AUGGAUGGCCUGUGGCAGUGGAUGGGAGGAGUGCCUAAUGUAUGUGGAAACAGGUGCUGCCACGGAUGGACCGUUUCACCCAAGACUCAGAAAUGCACCAAACCAAGGUGCCUUCCACGCUGCCACAACGGAGCCGUGUGCAGGCAGCCCAACAUCUGUGAAUGCAGAACGGGCUUCUACGGGGCCCGCUGUGAGUUUGCAAGCGUGACCUAUGGCCUCGUAGGCCUUCCCUGGGCCUUACUGCGCCCCACCAGCCCCAUGGUCAGCACCACCACCUCAGGACCAACCAUCACCCUCCCACCUACCACUAGCCUCUCACCAACCAUCACCCUCCCACCUACCACGAGCCUCUCACCAACCAUCACCCUCCCACCUACCACUAGCCUCUCACCAACCAUCACCCUCCCACCUACCACUAGCCUCUCACCAACCAUCACCCUCCCACCUACCACUAGCCUCUCACCAACCAUCACCCUCCCACCAACCACCGUCAUCCCCACCACCACCACCCCAGUUUCCGCAGAGACCACAGCUGCAUGGAGGACAGCGGGGACACCAGCCAGCACCACCAACCCAGAGACCAAGAAAUAUUACGCUGUGCGCUGGCAACCUCUUACUCUGCAGGAGGCCCAGUUACUGCUACUAAAGAAGGCAUUGGCCCGUGGCGGUCGAGGCGACAAGAUGACCACCAUCCUGAUGAAACACAUCGAGACAGAGAGGAAGAAGCUCCAAUCAGCCUCACAGUCAGACCUACAGGACACCCAGACCACAAGUGUCAAGAGCUUCCACACCCAGAAGGGCCAGUACACUGUCCACGCAAGCCCACCUGCAGGUUUUAUACUGGUGAAACUGGAGAUGUCGCUGUAA